AUGACGACUGCUCACCGCCCGACUUGGCACGCGGCUGUCGGCCAGUCGAACGAAGGAGGAUGGCACGCGGGAGGCAAACUAAGCGACCAAGUGUCGGCUCGCGAUUUACCGGCCCACAGACGCCUCAAAACUCGCCAAGUUGGACAAGGCACAGCGAACGAAGUGGAGCUGCUGGACUUGCGGGAAGAAUUGGAGCGCAAGGAAGAAACGUACGAGCAAGAAAAAGGCAUCAAGAGAGAUACAGCGCAAGACAAGUUGCGACGUUUGGAGCACAACAAGAAGAUUUUGCUGUUGGGUGAUGCUGAAACCGACGCACGGGAGCUGCAACUGAAGAAUGUAGCGAGCAAGUACAAUGAUGCAGAUGACGGCGCGGACUCGGACGAGUCGAGCGAUUCUGACAGCGACAGUGACGAUGACGACGAAGAGGCUGAAUUGAUGAGAGAGCUGGAGAAAAUCAAGCAAGAGCGUGAAGAGGAACGGCUUCGCAAAGAAGACGAGGAAAGAAAAGUGACCGACCAACAAGUUCGCGAGGAGAUCCUCCAGGGGAACCCGCUGACGCAGCAACAAACUGCAGGCAGUGCCACGAUGAAGCGUCGAUGGAAUGACGACGUGGUGUUUCGAAACCAGUCGCGCAACGAGCCGGAGAUCAAGAAGCGGUUUAUCAACGACACGAUCCGCAACGACUUUCACCGCCGUUUUCUCAGCAAAUUCAUUCACUGA